AUGUCCGACUCGGAUACAACAGAUUCGGAUUGCGGCGUACGCUAUAAGACAACGACGACGCGGCACAAGCACGCAGCUUCUACAACCUCCUCAGCGCGAGAGCAAAAAGAUCAUUCGUCGUAUCGCGAAGGAUCAUCUUCACGUCAGCCCGAUCGUCGACGGUAUCGUAGAAGCCGUAGCAAAACGCCCGAUCGUAGACGCCACCGGCGUCGAUCACGUUCGAUCGACACUUCGCCUCGCGCUCGAUCCACUCACCGCCCUUCACGUUCCCGUUACGAUGAAUCUCCACGGAAAGAUGUGCUACCAGAAAAAGUGCUGGACAUUUCCGUAUCAUCGGUUUCAUCGCAAGAUGAGCAGCCCGAACAGCAACAAAGCAGUCAGAGGAAUGCUUCAUCGGCUGAAUGCUUUGGUCCGGCGUUGCCACCUUCUUUAGGGAAGUCUUCUACAAGGGAAAAUCGUACUAGUGAUGUGGAUGAAACCCCACAAGACGACAUAAUUGGACCCGCGUUGCCACCCCAUCUGUUAGGCCACAAAUCAGAGCAGGCGGAAAGGACUACAUUGGAGAAGCGUAGCAUCGGGCCUAGUUUACCACCCGGGUUUACCGCCACAACUAGUGCACCUAGUAACGAUCACAUUUCAUCUGACUCGGAACUAUCCCCGUUCUCAGAACCCGCUGAUGAGCACGACGAAGACGACGAUGACAUAAUAGGACCUCUGCCUGGUUCGUCGAGUUCGCGUGCAAAUUUAGACCUAGAGCAACGAGCACUAGAGAUCAAAAUAAGACAGUUGGAAGAAUCAAGCGGCGGUACCAACGGCAAAGGCUUGUCCCUCGUGCCGAAGGCUCGUGAAGACUGGAUGCUGGAGUUACCAGACGUUCGCAAAGUCAGUGAUUUGGGGCUUGGGGCGAGACAGUUUAGGACACGUGAAAAGCCUGAAAUCGGAGACCGGUCGGUUUGGACGGAUACACCUGCCGAUCGAGAGCGAAAGAAGAACGCCACCGGCUCGGAUCGUUCGUCGAAAAAGAUUGACCCGGCUGCGGAGCGAGAACGGGAACGCGAGCAAAAGCUCACCGCCAAACGAGAUCAGGAACAGGAAAGGCUGGUAAAACAGCACAAAAAGAAACACAAGCGUGACAAAACGUUGCUGGAGAUACAUGAAAGUAAGCUACAAAAAGAGAAGGAUGAAGCCGGGGUGAGUUCAGAGUCCGUUAGAAGACCAUUCGAUCGAAAUGUGGAUCUUCACGCCAACCGCUUCGACGAUGCACAAAAGAAAGCCAUCAUGAAAAAAGCCCAGUUGCUCAAUUCGCGGUUUUCCAGCGGAAGUUCGAAGUAUUUGUAA